CAUGUCUGUCAUCUCACUCGCUGGAUCUGGUGUGCUCAAGGAGCGGCGCGUUUUGGCGGCUAAGGCAAUGUUGGACUCGUCCUUGUGCUCCAGGUUCUUCUUAUCUUGUCAUAUACGACUUUCUCGCGGUUUUAGGUUUUUUCCACAUUUUAUAUUCUUACCUUGACAAUCUCGAUGUGUCUGCAGUCUUCCGCAGUGAGACGGGCUUCAUUCUAGUGCUUCUGUCUUCACCAAGUAUGAUCGAGGUUCAUGGGAUUUGCCUUCGCCUGACACAGGCAGUACAGUCCCUCCGGGCUGCUAUCCGGUCCCUCGGGGGCGGUCGGGAGUCCCAGGACUCUUCACAGAAGGGGAUUAUGGUCAUGAGCGAGAUUUCGGACCUAAUUCAUCAACUCAAAGAUCAUAUCAUCUGGGCUGAGGAGAAAUGGAUUGUAACGCAGCCCCGUCUGCAUACAUUGGACGAUCUCCUGUCAUCACUGAAUACUACGAUCGCCAGUCUUGAGAUGAGCCUCCAGUCGGGAGCUGUCAAUAGUCGCACAUACAAAAAAGGCAUUUUGGACAACACAUUCAUUCCUCGGUUCGAACACUACAAAGUGGCUUUCAUUGUGGCAAUGCAGCCUGAUUCCUGUGAGAGGACUGCCACAGAGCAAAAUCUGAAAAGCUACAUACGGGCAUGCCGUGAGCUGGAUUCAUCGCGCAAUACUCCAGUCUUGAACGAACAUGGAUACCACAAUAUCACGAGGCCGAUCACUUCCAAGAACGUUAUCAGGCUCACCGAGAUGUGCAGUCGGCGGGAAAAGGGAACAGCUCAGUGGAUAUUCGAGGAAGAGCGGUAUAAAGAUUGGCUAUUUGGGUCUUUUCGAACGUUGUACUGCGUUGGACCAGCUGGGGCUGGCAAAACCUUUCUUGCGUAAGUGGUCCUGCAUUGUCAGUCUUAUCAAUGCCUAAUAUUUCGGUUGUUUAGUUCGUCGGUGAUCGAGAGUUUACAGCACAC